AUGAACAUUUUGGACGAAGAAGACGACAUUUUUCACGUCACACGUAAAGGCUACUCCCAUCUGUGUAGCCCAGAAUGGACAGCAGUCGACCGCACGAGUGUGCUCAUGGGCGAACCCGCCAUCAGUGGCAUGUUGGAGUCUCUAAGCAGAGACCAGCAACAUGCUGCUAUCUACAAGUUCCUGCAAGGGGAACUUGCAGUCUAA